UGGUGCCAUUAUCUCAAAUAUUAAGGAGUAUUGUCGCCAUUGGACUUCUAUUCUGCCUAAAAAGUAUCUCAAGGAUAUUCAGGUGGAAUUCAUUCAGGAGGGUAUUAUUGAUGAGAGGAUUCGAAGAUACAAGCUAAAAAUUCUCACAUGGAAGAACAAUUUUCCAUUUAAGUUGAGGAUGUCGGUUGAUGCAGCUUUCUACAAUGGUAGGUGCGCUGGAGGCUGAAUCCUUCGAAAUGACAGAGGAAUAAUGAUUGCCGCUUUCUCUACGCCGAUUAGGGCAAAAACGGUUCUCCAGGCUGAGAUCCAAACAGUUCUCAAAGCUCUUCAAUGGUGUGCUAGGUCUGGCCAACAUGAUUUUCAGUUGGAAUCUGAUUCGGAAAUGGUGACUAAAAUUCUUCUGAAUAAAUCCGCAGCUCCGGUUUAUCUUCAGAAUACGAUUGAUGAAGCUCAGAUGCUCUGCCAGACACUUGAUGUUCAUAUAAAACACAUUUACAGGGAAAUGAAUGGAGUAGCUCAUUCUCUGGCUCGUCUUGGUUUGGACAAGGUCGAUUUUAGAAACUUCACCGUUCCUUAUUCCUUACCGUCUGAUAUUUUCGUGUUAUUAGAGUUGGAUAAAAAUGGUAUUCCUACUUUUAGGAAUUAAAAAAGAAUAUAGAAAAUUUGACUUUAGUUUUUUGGUUCUUUUUUUUACCAUAUUGGUUGAUUUUGUUCUUUUCAUCUGUUUUGUUUUAUUGAGUCAGGUAUAGCCCCCAAUGUAUUUGGCUCUAUUUUUAAUAAAAUUUUGGUAAAUGUCCCCCGGCAUUUACCCCACUGAUUUUGGUGGUUGGCCUUCUGGGGUAAAAAAAAAAAAGAUUCAAGGAGUUCUUGAUUUUGUUUGUUAUUUUCUAAGUGUUAUCUCAGGCGCUAAAACGGUUG